GCCCACAAAGCCCACAAAGCCCACAAAGCCCACAAAGCCCACAAAGCCCAAGCCAAGGCGCCCGAGUUCCCCUGGCAGCCCAUAAAUACUGGCAUCGCUGCAGUCCCUACGAGCCCCCUGUCGACGACAACUCCACUCCUACCCUGCCAUGCGGAUCGUUGCCUCCAUCCUCUUCUGCCUUCUCGCCGUCGGCGCUGUUGCCGGCGCCCCGCUUGCUGCCGAGUCUGGUUUCCUUGGGCUCAUCCUCGGCGAUUCGCUUGGACCACUCAUCGCGCCGAUUGUCGGUCUCGAGUGUGCGGUCCAGGUAGUCUCGUCCAUCAUCAACGAGUGCAAGUUCCACCCGGCCGAUGUCGGCAGGGUGUUCCUGCAGGUUAUCACCCACCCUGUCUUCAGCGAGGCUGCCAUCACCAAGGUUGAGGCGCAGCUGAACCCCAUCAUCCUCGGCUUCACCAACGAACUCUGCUCGGAUCCGACUUGCUACAACACUCUCCACACCGAGUACCUUGCCGUCUAUGACCAGUGCUCCAGCCUUGUCGAGCAGAUCGUUCCGUCCGUCCUGGGAAUUGAGGAAGCUGUCUUCAAAACACUGCUGCCGACCCUGCUUCAGCCCGAGCAUGAUCCGUUCUGUCUCAAGGACCCUUCCACGGGCAACUUUUGUGGUAUCGAAGUCCUCGAGAACUUUGAAAAGGUCAUGCUUCCGUCGUUCUGGGAGGGCGGCUUUGAUCCCAGCAAGCUCAGCCUCUGCACCAGUUGCUUCGACGCUGCCGUCUUCAGCCUUGCAAACGAAACUCUGACCCAGAGCUUUGCCGACAAGUGCCCCAGCACAGCCGCCAUCCAAGCUUGAGCCACAGAUAGACCCAGCCCCGGCGAUACGCCACAUGGAGAGUGCUCGAAACAUGAACCCGGGCGCUUUUUCCGAUUCUGCCUGUUGGCGUUAUUUCUGAGCCGCAAAUACAUUGAAGGCUAUUAUGGAUUCACACAGGGUUUCAGCCUUGGACACUAGUCAUCAUCGUCGUCAUCGGAUCCCU